AUGACGCUCUGCACCGUCCCCACGCAGGUGGCACUCAGCACCCUUCGCUCGCUGAAGACGCUCGCGAGCAAUUGGGCGGCGCCGACGACUCCUUCCUUGCGGGGGCCCUCAACGACGUCUAAGAGGACCUUUGUCAGCUCUAUCGAGCGCUUGCCUGACGCCACUCCGCUUGCUCUGGAUACCAUCAAGCAGAGGCUCGACAACAUUAUCCGCCACAAGAAGUUCCCCAAUGUCAAGCUCAACGAGCACGUCUGUCGCGAUGUCAUGCGCAUCAUCCGUGACAUGGCACGCCAACUCAACAUGUACCCGACUGGCGUGCUCAAUAAGUGGUCGAUCACCGAAGAAACAGUCGCUGCUUUGCGGGCAGGUGUCUGGAUUGUGGCUGCUCCCGAUGUGCAUCAGUUUGGGGCGCGCUCCAUCCAGAGCCUUCUCUCCUUGCACACGAUGAUCAUGUUCAUGCACGAGUUUGGCGGGCAAGUCACCUCUUGGCUCGACAGGUGUGACCGCAGCGUUGGGGAGGUGGGCCGCUUCCUUCGAUGCAGCAUGGUUGCGGUCGAAUUCUGCGGAAACUCCAACUCUGGCGAUCCCCAGUUCGUGAUCAACGUCAACAGCAACAUGUCCAAGAAGGCCGGCCUCUUCGACGAUCUCAGCUUUCACGUCAACGCUAUGGCAACCAGGCAGGAUCAGCCCAAGAGCCAGGACGCCAUCUUCUCGCUUUUGGCGUUCGGUCUUGCCCAGGACGUCUUACUGGAAGAGCUAAGGUCUGUCUGUAAAGAUCGCGAGUUUGGCGAAUCGUUGCUCAUCAGCAGCAAGGGCUUGUACGUCUUCACCGCCGACGAUGACUAUGCCGACUGUCCGGUCUUUAUCUACGGCAGGACUCCUGCCCGCCAGCCUGAAGUCGACAUCCGCGCCAACCGCCGCAAAGAUCUGUUUCAUGCCUCCGACGAGCCAGCAUGA